AUGUUGAUAAGGCGUGGGGCGACAAUGUUUGUCGCCGCGCUUCUGCUGCUACUUACACCGCCCACACUGUCACAGGGCAACCUCUUCACGUGUCCAAAUGGCUGGGAGAUAAAAGGAUUACAUUGCUAUAAGUUUUUCAAUAUCAGACAUUCUUGGGAAAAAGCAGCAGAAUUAUGUCGAAGGUAUGGUAGCGAACUUAUGGUUGUUGAAAGCUACACGGAAAACAACAUGACUGCCAGUUUAGUGCCUUCUAGUCCUAGUUAUAGUCACUACUGGCUCGGUCUUGCAACUGUAGAUGAUCUGAGAACUAACACACUAGAAUCAGCUGCCGGUGGCUUGGUAUCGCAAUAUGCAGGUUAUUGGGCCUUAAGACAACCAAACCCAAAAGACGGAGAAUGUGUCGAUGUUCAUGUCACCUCUGAUCAACAAUCUUGGGAAUUGACUACCUGCGAAACCCUCCUCCCCUUUAUGUGUAAGAGUGAUGCGUGCCCAGCAGGAACCUUCCAUUGUUCAAACGGAAGAUGUAUCAACUCGGCCUUUAGAUGCGACAAACAAGAUGAUUGUGGGGAUUCUUCCGACGAAAUGGACUGUGCUUCCGAAUGUCAUUUUUAUAUGGCCAGCAGUGGAGAUGUGGUCGAAAGUCCAAAUUACCCACACAAAUACCCAGCGUUCAGCGAAUGUAAAUGGACACUUGAAGGACCACAAGGCCAAAAUAUUGUAUUACAGUUCCAAGAUUUUGAAACUGAAAAGUCUUUUGAUACUGUUCAAAUAUUAGUGGGCGGUAGAACUGAAGACAAAUCUGUUAACUUGGCCACGCUAUCAGGGAAACAGGAUCUUUCAAGCAAAACUUUUGUAUCAGCUUCUAACUUCAUGAUUAUUAAAUUUAGCACUGAUGGGUCUGUAGAAAAAAAAGGUUUCCGUGCUUCUUGGAAAACUGAAUCGUCUAACUGUGGUGGUGUACUUAGAGCUACACCUCAAGGACAGGUGUUAACUUCACCUGGCUAUCCAAUUGGUUAUCCUGGAGGUUUAGAGUGUGUGUACAUAAUUGAAGCCCAACCAGGAAGAAUUGUAUCACUUGAAAUUGAAGACUUAGAAUUAGAAAUGAACAGGGACUACAUUGUUAUCAAAGACGGAAAUACGCCUUCAAGUCCAGUUCUUGCAAGAUUUACAGGACCUGGAGAAGAAAACCAAAAAGUUGUAAUAUCAACAACAAACUAUUUGUAUAUGUACUUUAGGACAAGUCUCGGCGACUCUAAAAAAGGUUUUGAUAUGAGAUAUUCUCAAGGAUGUAGAGCAACGAUAGUUGCAGCAAAUGGGACAUUUACUUCGCCAGCUUUUGGUCUUAGUAAUUAUCCCAAUAAUCAAGAAUGUUUGUACAGAAUCAAAAAUCCCAACGGCGGUCCUCUUUCACUGAAAUUCGAUGAAUUUAAUAUUCAUCCAUCUGAUGUAGUUCAAGUUUUUGACGGAUCAAGUACAAAUGGAUUAAGAUUGCAUUCAGAAAAUGGUUUCACUGUCAAACCAAGAAUUACAUUAACCGCUUCCAGUGGCGAAAUGUUGGUGAGGUUCGUAUCUGAUGCCUUACACAAUGGAUACGGAUGGAAAGCUACGUUCUCUGCAGAUUGUCCUCCGCUUAAGUCUGGUAUUGGAGCAUUAGCAUCAAACAGAGAUACCGCAUUUGGAACUACCGUAACAUUUUCAUGUCCAAUCGGACAGGAAUUUGCUACAGGAAAAUCGAGGAUAGUGACGCAAUGUUUAGAUGGUGGAAAUUGGUCAACUACGUACAUACCUAGCUGCCAAGAAGUAUAUUGUGGACCAGUUCCUCAAAUAGAUAAUGGUUUUUCAAUCGGUUCAACAAAUGUUACAUAUAGAGGUGUGGCUACAUAUCAAUGCUACGCUGGAUUUGCAUUCCCUACUGGACAGCCCAUUGAAAGAAUAUCAUGUUUAUCCGAUGGUCGAUGGGAACGGACUCCAACUUGUCUCGCAUCGCAAUGUGUGGCGCUUCCUGAUGUUCCUCAUGCCAAUGUAACUAUACUUAAUGGUGGUGGCAGAAGCUAUGGUACCAUUGUCCGAUAUGAAUGCGAACCGGGCUAUAUACGAACUGGACAACCAGUUCUUCUUUGUAUGAGUAACGGCACAUGGUCUGGUGAUGUUCCAACAUGUUCAAAAGUGUUAUGUCCAAUAUUUCCCGAAAUCAAGAACGGUUUCAUAGUUGAUCAAAGUAGGAUAUACAUGUAUGGUGAUGAAGCAAGGGUACAAUGUUUUAAAGGUUAUAAACUUAAUGGACCUAGUGUAUUGAAAUGCCGUUCAAACCAAGAGUUUGACCCACCACCAACAUGUGAAGAUAUUAAUGAAUGUAUUAGCAGCCAAUGCAAUUUGGCAACCACUGAAUGCAAGAAUACUCAAGGUGGCUUUUACUGCCCAUGUAGGCCAGGAUUUGCCCCUGUUCUCGAAUGUAGGCCUGUUGGUGAUCUCGGAUUGAUAAACGGAGCUAUACCAGACGAAUCCAUCACUACAUCAGCAUCGGAGGCUGGAUAUUAUAAAGGAAUGGUUCGUUUGAACAACGGUGGUGGUUGGUGUGGUAAUUAUUUAGAAGCUGGAGCAAACUGGAUACUUAUAGAUUUAAGAGCGCCAACAGUAAUUAGAGGUUUUAGAACUAUGAGCGUCAUGCGAGCAGAUGGCAAUAUUGCAUUUACAUCGGCAAUAAGGAUUCAGUACACAAACGAUUUAACGGAUGUCUUUAAAGAUUAUGCAAACCCUGAUGGUACUGCUGUGGAAUUUCGUAUUCUCGAACCCACUCUCUCUGUUCUUAAUUUACCGAUGUCUAUUGAAGCCCGAUACAUAAAAUUCAGAAUUCAAGAUUAUGUUGGAGCUCCAUGCUUGAAAUUAGAAGUAAUGGGAUGUGCACGUUUAGACUGUGCUGACAUCAACGAAUGCAAUGAAAACAAUGGAGGUUGUGACCAGAAAUGUAUAAACACGCCUGGAAAUUUCUCUUGCGCUUGCAAUAUUGGAUAUGAACUAUAUACAUCAAAUGGGACAGCUGGGUUUAAGAUAGAAACCUCCGAAACUGGUGAGCGUGACGGGGAUACCUAUCAAAGGAACAAAUCGUGUGUACCUGUUAUGUGUCCGUCACUUGCAUCUCCAGAAAAUGGAAAACUACUAUCAACAAAAACCACUUUUCAUUUCGGAGACAUCGUUCAAUUCCAGUGUGAUUUUGGAUAUGUAAUGUCAGGUUUCUCAUCCUUACUAUGUACCUCAAGCGGUACCUGGAAUGGAACUGCUCCAGAAUGUCAAUAUGCUCGAUGUGUUACUCUGUCUGACGACAAGAAUGACGGUUUGAAAGUAAUAAGAGAUGAUCCCGAGAGUGUUCUUGUACCGUACAGAGACAAUGUAACUAUAACAUGUACAUUGCCAGGAAGGCAUUUACGAAACACUAUAACAUCAUCUUUUAGACAAUGUGUAUAUGAUCCAAAACCGGGUCUCCCUGACUACUGGCUCUCUGGAGCACAACCUCAAUGUCCGCGGAAAGACUGUGGUAUUCCAAUGCCUACACCUGGAGCUGAAUACGGCCAGUACUUAGAUACAAGAUAUCAAAGUUCUUUCUUUUUUGGCUGUCAAAAUACAUUUAAACUUGCAGGGCAAACUAGUAAACACGAUAAUGUAGUCAGAUGUCAAGCAAAUGGCAUUUGGGACUUUGGAGAUUUGAGAUGUGAAGGGCCGGUUUGUGAUGAUCCUGGAAGACCUGCGGAUGGAUACCAAAUUGCUCGAAGCUACGAACAGGGAUCUGAAGUCUUGUUCGGUUGUUCCAGGCCUGGGUAUAUUUUGAUAAAUCCCAGACCAAUCACUUGUAUGCGAGAACCUGAAUGUAAGGUUAUAAAACCUUUAGGGCUUGCUUCUGGAAGAAUACCAGAUUCUGCAAUUAAUGCGACGUCCGAAAGACCUAAUUAUGAAGCAAGAAAUAUCAGGCUUAAUUCUGUAACUGGUUGGUGUGGAAAACAAGAAGCCUUUACAUAUGUUAGUGUUGACUUAGGCAAAGUUUACAGGGUCAAAGCUAUUCUAGUCAAGGGCGUUGUAACUUCAGAUAUCGUCGGUCGGCCAACAGAAAUAAGAUUCUUCUAUAAACAAGCCGAAAAUGAAAAUUAUGUAGUUUAUUUCCCUAACUUUAAUUUAACGAUGAGAGAUCCAGGAAAUUAUGGGGAAUUAGCAAUGAUAACACUGCCAAAAUAUGUACAAGCUCGUUUUGUUAUACUUGGUAUUGUAAGUUUUAUGGAUAAUGCUUGUCUCAAAUUCGAGCUUAUGGGUUGUGAUGAGCCCAAUGUAGAGCCUUUAUUAGGUUAUGAUUAUGGAUAUUCUCCAUGUGUUGAUAACGAGCCCCCUGUAUUCCAAAACUGUCCUCAACAGCCUAUAGUUGUUCAAACGGAUGUAAAUGGUGGUCUUUUACCAGUCAACUUUACAGAGCCAACAGCCCUAGACAAUUCAGGCGCAAUUGCUCGACUAGAAGUUACACCGCAGCAUUUUAGAACGCCUAUACAAGUAUUUCACAACAUGGUUGUAAGAUAUGUAGCUUUUGAUUUCGACGGUAAUGUCGCAAUAUGCGAAGUAAAUAUUACUGUGCCAGAUUACACUCCGCCGAAAUUAAGCUGUCCACAAAGUUAUGUAAUUGAAUUAGUUGACAAACAAGAUAGUUAUACUGUUAAUUUCAAUGAGACGAGAAGAAGAAUUAACGCCAGUGAUGCAUCAGGGGAAGUUUUCUUGAAUUUUAUUCCUGAAAGAGCUGUAAUACCUAUUCGAGGUUAUGAAAACGUCACAGUUAUAGCUUCAGAUAAAUAUGGAAACAAGGCUCAGUGUCACUUCCAGGUGUCUGUACAAGCAACACCUUGCGUGGACUGGGAAUUAAUACCACCAGCACAUGGUGCACUUAAUUGCUUACCUGGAGAUAGAGGAAUUCAAUGUAUUGCUACAUGUAGCCCGGGUUUCCGCUUUACUGACGAUGAGCCAGUUAAAACCUUCGUUUGUGAAACAAAACGUCAAUGGGUUCCUAGUGCUGUGGUACCUGAUUGCGUUUCUGAAAAUACACAACAAGCUGCGUAUCACGUCGUUGCAAGUGUACAGUACCGUGCUCUUGGUGCAGUCUCAAAUGCUUGCUUGCCGCAGUAUAAAGAUUUACUGGCUCAGUAUGAUAAUAUACUCAAUGAAAGACUCUCUCAACGUUGUUCGGCUGUUAAUGUAAAUAUAAAUGUUACGUUUGUCAAAGCAAUGCCUAGUCUUCUAGAUGAAAAUGUUGUUAAAAUGGACUUUGUCCUUGCUAUAACGCCAUCUAUUAAACAAACACAAUUAUAUGAUUUGUGUGGAUCAACACUAAAUCUCAUAUUUGACUUAUCCGUGCCCUACGCUAGUGCCCUUAUUGAGCCUGUACUUAACGUUUCGUCUAUUGGAAAUCAAUGUCCGCCUUUAAGAGCUAUUAGAAGCUCCAUUUCGCGAGGAUUUACUUGCAGUGUUGGAGAAGUCCUUAACAUGGAUACGAAUGAUGUACCAAGAUGCCUUCAUUGCCCUGCAGGAACAUUUGCCGGGGAAAAGCAAAAAUCUUGUACAAUGUGUCCAAAAGGAUAUUUCCAAAAUCAAGCCAGACAAGGAUCGUGUCUUAAGUGUCCUCAAGGCACAUUUACAAGGGAAGAAGGUUCUAAAGACAUAACUGAUUGCAUACCAGUAUGUGGAUAUGGAACUUAUUCACCAACAGGCUUAGUGCCUUGUUUGGAAUGUCCUAGAAACAGCUUUACUGGGGAGCCACCGGUAGGAGGAUUCAGAGACUGUCAAGCUUGUCCAGCAAAUACAUACACAUAUCAGCCUGCUGCUUCUGGAAGAGAAAAAUGCAGAGCAAAGUGUGCUCCCGGAAGCUAUUCCCCAACAGGACUCGCUCCAUGUUCCCAAUGCCCAAGAAAUUUCUAUCAAAACUUAAUAGGCCAAACUCUAUGUAUGGAAUGUCCAACUAAUAUGAAGACGGUAGGAACAGGUGCUACCGGACUAGAAGAAUGUAUCCCUGUGGAAUGUUCAAAUAGUGCAUGUCAGCAUGGAGGUCUUUGCGUUCCUAAAGGUCAUGGAGUUCAGUGUUACUGCCCAGCUGGAUUUUCAGGGCGCAGAUGUGAAAUAGAUAUAGAUGAGUGUGCAAGUCAACCAUGUUACAAUGGCGGUACUUGCAUCGAUCUUCCACAAGGAUAUAGAUGUUCUUGUCCGACAGGAUAUGGUGGAAUUAACUGUCAAGAAGAAAAGUCUGAUUGUAGAAAUGAUACUUGUCCCGAAAGAGCUAUGUGUAAAGAUGAACCAGGUUACAAUAAUUACACUUGUUUAUGUAGGUCAGGAUAUACAGGCAUUGAUUGCGAUAUUACGAUUGAUCCAUGCUCAGCCAAUAGAAACCCAUGCACAAAUGGUGCUACAUGCUUUGCUCUUCAACAAGGCAGAUAUAAAUGUGAAUGCUUACCUGGAUGGGAAGGACAGCAUUGUGAAAUUAAUACCGAUGACUGUAUUGAAAAACCUUGUCUUCUCGGUGCUCUUUGUACUGAUUUAGUAAAUGACUUUAGCUGUACCUGUCCACCUGGAUUUACGGGAAAACGGUGCCACGAGAAGAUAGACCUAUGUUCCAAUGAACCCUGUAAACAUGGUGUUUGUGUAGAUAAACUUUUUGUCCACCAGUGUGUAUGUGAUCCCGGUUGGUCGGGACCGUCAUGUGAUAUAAACAUCAAUGAAUGUCUUAUUUCAUCAUGUGAAAACGGAGGUCGUUGUGUUGAUGGUAUUGAUGAUUUCACUUGCAUUUGUGAAGCUGGUUUUACAGGUAAAAGAUGUCAGCAUACCAUUGACGACUGUUCUUCAGAACCAUGCCAAAACGGUGCAACAUGUACAGAUCAAUUAGAAGGAUUUACUUGCAAAUGCCGACCCGGUUUUGUAGGACUUCAGUGUGAAACAGCAAUAGAUGAAUGUCUCACCGAGCCAUGUAAUCCUAUAGGCACAGAUAAAUGUAUAGAUCUUGAUAAUAAUUAUAAAUGUGUGUGUCGCGAAGGAUUUACAGGUGAAAUGUGCGAAACUAACAUUGAUGACUGUGCAUCUGAUCCUUGCUAUAACGGUGGAUCGUGUAAGGAUGUAAUUGGUGGAUACAAGUGUGUCUGCCAGCCAGGAUGGACAGGAAAACGAUGUGAACGAGACAUCGGUAAUUGUAUGAACAGACCUUGUCAAAACAAUGCAAAUUGUAUUGAUCUCUUCCAAGAUUACUUCUGCGUAUGUCCAAGUGGUACAGAUGGAAAGCAAUGCGAAACUGCGCCUGAGCGUUGUAUUGGUAGUCCAUGCAUGCACGGUGGAAAAUGUCAAGACUUUGGGUCUGGACUCAAUUGUACUUGUUCCCAAGAUUAUACUGGUAUUGGUUGUCAAUACGAAUUUGACGCAUGUGAAGCUGGUCUUUGUCAGAACGGAGCCACAUGCGUCGACAAUGGAGACGGAUACACUUGCAUUUGCGCUCCAGGAUUUAAAGGAAAGAACUGCGAUGAAGAUAUAAUGGAUUGUAAAGAGAAUUCGUGCCCACCAUCUGCGACUUGUAUAGAUUUACCUGGAAGAUUCUAUUGCCAGUGUCCUUUUAACCUUACUGGUGAUGACUGCAGAAAAACUAUCAGUGUGGAUUAUGAUUUCUAUUUUAGUGAUCCUUUACGAUCAAGUGCUGCCCAAAUUGUACCGUUUGACACCGGAUCUGCUGACAGCUUGACGGUGGCAAUGUGGGUUCAAUAUACGCAACAAGACGAAGGAGGCAUAUUCUUCACUGCCUAUGGUGUUAGCAAUUCACAUAUAGCACUAAACAGACGAACUAUUCUUCAAGCCCACUCAAAUGGUGUCCAAGUAUCACUAUUUCCAGAACUUCAAGACGUAUAUUUAAGCUUUGGAGAAUUUGCAACUGUAAACGAUGGUCAAUGGCAUCACGUUGCUCUCGUAUGGGACGGUAGCAAUGGUGGUGAAUUAACUCUUAUCACAGAAGGUUUGAUUGCCAGUAAGAUUGAAGGCUAUGGCAGUGGACGAACCCUACCACAAUAUGUUUGGGUAACACUUGGUAAGCCUCAGUCAGAUAAUCCAAAAGCUUACACAGAAUCGGGUUUCCAAGGACAUCUUACUAAAGUACAAAUAUGGAACCAUGCUCUUGAUGUAACUAACGAAAUCCAGAAACAAGUUCGUGAUUGCAGAACUGAACCUGUUCUUUACAGUGGUUUAGUCUUAAACUGGGCUGGAUAUGAGGAUAUUAUUGGCGGUGUGGAAAGGCUUGUACCAUCUCACUGCGGUCAAAGAGUAUGUCCUAAUGGUUAUACAGGUUCUAAGUGUCAGCAAUUACAAGUUGAUAAAGAGCCACCUAGAGUAGAUCGCUGUCCAGGCGAUUUGUGGGUAAUCGCGAAAAAUGGAUCAUCAAUUGUAAACUGGGAUGCUCCAGUAUUUAGCGAUAACGUCGGUGUUACUAGAGUAGUUGAAAAGUCGGGACAUAAACCUGGUGAGAACUUAGCUUGGGGAGGAUACGAUAUCGCAUACAUUGCAUAUGAUGCCGCUGGUAAUGCUGCAACUUGUAAAUUCAAAGUUACGGUUUUAUCUGAAUUCUGCCCACCGUUGGCUGAUCCACUUGGUGGUUAUCAAUCUUGCCGUGACUGGGGAGCUGGAGGUCAGUUCAAGGUGUGCGAGAUCGCAUGUCGCGACGGCCUUAGAUUCUCGCAACCGGUCCCACCGUUCUAUACCUGCGGAGCUGAAGGAUUCUGGCGACCUACUGACAAUCCCAGCCUUCCACUUGUUUAUCCUGCUUGUUCACCGGCCACACCUGCACAGCGAGUUUUCAAAAUAUCCAUGUUAUUCCCGAGCUCUGUGCUUUGCAACGACGCGGGACAAGCCGUUCUACGUCAGAAAGUGCGCAGUGCAAUCAAUCAACUGAACAGGGACUGGAAUUUCUGCUCUUAUGCCAUUGAUGGUACUCGGGAAUGUAAAGAAUUGGAUAUCAAUGUAAAAUGCGACCACCGCGCUAACGUUCGUCAAACUCGACAAGUGUCCACUUCACCAAAUGUCAAAUCUGAAGAUACAUACGUACUAGAUGCUAUCAUUCCAGUCGAUGACAGUAGAGAGGGUCGGCAAGCAGGUGACACGUACAGCGUAGAAGUCUCUUUCCCAUCUGUAAAUGACCCAGUGAUCCACGGUGGCACCAACGAACGAUCAACUGUACAACGAUUACUCGAGAAGUUAAUACUUGAAGAUGAACAAUUCGAUGUACAAAACAUUCUUCCGAAUACAGUUCCCGACCCGGCCAGCUUACAACUUGUUUCCGACUAUGCCUGCCCGAUGGGGCAGGUCGUAAUGGCUCCGGAUUGUGUGUCAUGCGCGGUUGGUACUUAUCUAGACGCAGCGAGUGACUCGUGUAAACCUUGUCCUGCUGGCACGUAUCAAUCAGAAGCCGGACAGCUACAGUGUACUCCGUGCCCUGUUAUAGCUGGGCAGCCUGGCGUCACACAAGCUACUGGAGCCAGAAGUGCAGCUGAUUGCAAAGAAAGGUGCGCAGCCGGCAAGUAUUACGAUGCUGAAGCAGAUCUUUGUCGUCCCUGUGGACAUGGCUCUUACCAGCCGAAGGAGGGUGCAUUCUCGUGCAUUCCAUGUGCUAGAGGACAAACCACGCGAGCCACUGAAGCUGUAUCAGCUGCAGAGUGUAGAGAUGAUUGUCCUGCAGGCGAGCAACUGGGCAGCGACGGCGGCUGCGAGGCUUGCCCGCGCGGCACGUGGCGCGCGGCGGGAGCCGGCGCGGCCUGCGCCCCCUGCCCGCCCGGCACCACCACACCGCAACCCGGCGCCUCGUCCCCUGAUCAGUGCUCUUUGCCCGUCUGCAAGCCUGGUUUAUACCUCAAUGUCACGCUCAAUACUUGUAUACAGUGUAAGAAGGGAACAUACCAAUCGGAGGCACAACAGACUUUGUGUAUACCCUGCCCCAUCAACACCAGCACAAGAGGUCCAGGCGCGACAUCUGAAUCAGACUGUACGAAUCCGUGUGAAAUGAGCGGCCCGGAAAUGCACUGCGACACAAACGCAUACUGCCUUUUGAUACCUGAAACCAGCGAGUUCAAAUGUCAAUGCAAACCCGGUUUCAACGGCACCGGCAAAAUCUGCAUAGAUGUGUGCUUGGAUUACUGCGACAAUGGCGGCGAAUGUGUGAAAGACGCAAGGGGAGAGCCGUCGUGUCGAUGCACGGGUUCGUUCACGGGUCGCCACUGCCGAGACAAAAGCGAAUUCGCGUACAUCGCCAGUGGUGUUGCUGGUGGAGUCAUCUUCAUUAUAUUCCUUGUGCUGCUUGUUUGGAUGAUUUGUGCCAGGUCAACGAAGAAGAAGGAACCAAAGAAGACGCUAACACCUGCUAUCGACCAAAACGGCUCACAAGUUAACUUUUAUUACGGAGCGCAUACUCCUUACGCGGAAUCAAUAGCUCCAUCGCAUCACUCUACGUACGCCCACUAUUACGACGAUGAGGAAGACGGAUGGGAAAUGCCCAAUUUCUACAACGAGACGUACAUGAAGGAGAGUUUACAUAAUGGUAUGAGUGGAAAGAUGAACAGUCUAGCGCGGUCCAACGCGAGCAUCUAUGGGACGAAGGAAGACCUCUACGACAGGCUAAAGAGGCACGCGUAUCCGGGUAAGAAAGAAAAGAGUGACAGCGACAGUGAAGGUCAGUAA